AUGUUUCCUUUAGAUGAAGGGAUCAAGCUGGUGCAAGAACAAAAUAGAUACAAGCAGAAGUACAGCAGCCUGUUACCUAGUGCUCGUUGUCGGCCUCCACUCCGCACAUCAGAGGCUGCACUUGUCAUUGAAAGACAUGCCAUUGAGCGUACGGCCAGAGAGAUGCUCAGAGACAUGUUUAUCUACACGAUUUUCAUGGUGUCUGUAAUUUUGGUAACGUAUGGGCACAUGGAUAUCCGCACCCAGUUUCUACAAAGCCAGUAUGUGAAGAACAAGUUUCUCAAAACUCCUGUGCUAAAUGACGACGAGAUUGAGGUAGUUUCCGUGGACAAAAUGUGGAAUUACCUGAAGACCGUAGUUGCACCUGAGAUUAUCAGGAAAAAAGAAACAACGUCCACCGAAUAUGAUAUUCACGUGGUAGGCACAGCUCGUAUAAGACAGGUUAGGUCGAAGGAUGACACAAGUAAGUGCGUUAAGUUUUGUGGCUAUGAUUUACAAUGCUAUAUGUGGCAAAAGCUGUGA